AUGCGAGGAGGUGGAGGUAUGCCAUUCAGCACGCAGUUCCCGGCCCCACAUCAUGUUGGAAUAAGGGCUUUUGGAGAUCACCAGCCCCCUCAGCGAAUCCAAGAAUAUUCGCUGAGGCUGAACGGAAGAAGCGGCAGGGAUGCCAAACUCAAAAACCUCCCCGAUGAGAUUGAAACCACCUUGAUCGAUUUUGCUGACGAUAUGAUGGGAUACGGGUACGACGAACUGCAACCAGGCGCGGUUGUGGAUUUUGAAAACUCGGAAUUUUACGCUAGUCUUGGUACAGACGAAGCCGAAAGAAAGCAAAAUUUUGAUCAGGCUUCGCGUGAGAAAAUGCGGUGGCGUCCACAGCUCUUCAAGGCCCUGCAAUUCGCACUACAAGAUAGUAGGUCCUAUACGUACAAAGAAAGCGAGUCGAAAUGGAUACCGCAUAAGCGCCAGUCGAAGAAAGUCGCGGACGAAAUGAUCGACGAUGGGGCAGUAACAGGAGACGACGACGAUCUAUCCAUUGCUGGUGAGUGA